UUUUUUGGGAGGAGCGACGGGAACAAACCAAUGAAGAAAAUUGCCUUGAAUCAGCGCGAUGUUGUCAACUAAUCGAAUACCUGGGGUUAUUUACCUAUAUUUCUUAUCGUAGUUCGCUAUUUUUUCAGCUUAUUACAAAAUACACUUUUAUAGUACGUCGUUGUGAGGUUGUGAGGUCAUCGCGGGCAUCUUUUUCCGAAAAUAUACUUUGUUUUUAUUGCAUUUAUUUCUAUUCAAGGAACGGGAUUUAUCACUCUUCUUCAGACUGUUGCUGCGGUUGCCUGUUCGUGGUGUUAGAUCCACUGUUCAGUGUUCAGUUCACGGCUUUUGGUCAAACAUGCGUCGUCGUACAGGCAGUGGCUCAGCUGCAGAGUACCACAGACUGACACAGAUUGGUGAUGGAGAGUUCAGUGAUCAACAGUACAUGGUGGUAAGGAAGCCGAUUCCAUGGAAGAGCAUCUUUUUGGCGUCAUUUCUGUUUGCGAUCGGCACCACCCUGCUCGUCAUGGGCAGCCUCCUUGUGUCCGGUUUCCUGAUCGAUGAACGGUACGCCGACCGGACGUGGCCGCUGAUUCUGCUCGGUCUCAUCAUGUUCAUACCGGGAGCCUACCACGUGCGUGUGGCCUACAUGGCCUACUUCGGCUACGAUGGGUUCUCGUUCGACGACAUUCCUAGCUUCGACUGAAGGAGCAGCAUCCGCGGACUCAUGUACACAUCACGAGUGCUGCCCUGUGAAGUCCGAGGGCUUUUCGAGUUGUCGUCUUUUGUUUCAUCCUCAUACCACAAGUGUCUGGUCAUGUGCAUAAAGUGUACAUAAAGUGCCCAUAAUUUUGUUGAUUGAGUUGUUACGUGGUUUUCGUGAUCAUUGCAGUGGAAAGUGGACCGUCGCCGCUUCGCUAGGGAGGCUUGCACUGACGGGGUUGAUGACAAGGGCGAUGUUAUGGGAGGCUUGCCCACGCAUUGACGAUGAAUCGGUUUUGUAUGCCAUGAUUAUUGCAGUGACUUGAUGAAUAUCAUCCUUGGAGUAAUUUUUUUGCACAUAUUUAUCGCCUUCUUUGUGCAUGGGGCACUGGACUACCGAACUAUACUGUUUUAGCACUUGUGCUGGUUGUUAGUCAAGCGAUGCCAUUUUUAUCCGCGAUGACACUCCAUUUGACAUUGCCUCAUGGUAUGAAUCUAGUUUUAGCUCGGACAUAUAAUUGCGCUUGCCAAUCAAUCUGCGUGGCGGAAUGAGCCUGAAGCUGGAUUCUUUGUCCGGGCGCCACGUAUAGGUGGGUAGAUCUCUGGGCCAUAAGAUGAACGCAGCUGCCGUUUGGUGGUGCGGCCGAUCGCUGCCCAUCAUGCUUGUGGGAUCGCAUGCUACGUGAAAGUUGAAACAAUGAUGUGCCUUGCUGUAUGAAUAUAAAUGUUUUCUAAGUGAA